CAUUGAAACAACGCCUAACACCAAGAGAGAAGGUCCUCGUCGUAAUCAUCAUUAUUAUUUUUAUGUUGUUGGUUAUCUUCUUCGGACUUUUUAUCGCCUUUUGCGUCAAAUACGAUGAAAAGAACGGCUCGACUGAGUUCGUUUCUACUUUCGUUCCGUCAGAAAAUGUCUGCCAAACGUUCGAGUGUCUGGAAUCAGCUGCCACCAUCGCCAAAAGCAUAAACACCAGUGUGGAUCCUUGCGACAACUUCUACCAGUUCGCGUGCGGACGCUGGAUGGCGGAGUAUCCUGUACCCUUGGGUUCCAGCAGAAUUAAUAAUUUUAUUCUUAUAGGAAACGAGAUCACACAGACGCUCAAAGGUCUACUUACCAUCCAAGACGAAACAGCUCCUGAAGCAGUCAAGCAGGCUCGUGCUUACUUCCGGUCCUGCCAGGACGCUGACACCAGAGAAAAGGAGGGCAGUAAGCCGGUACUCGACCUCUUCAAUCUGAGUGGCAGUGGCAUCUACCCGACACUACAACCGUCAUGGAAUGACACGGGUAUGACGUUCUCAGACAUCGUGGAGUACCUCGCAAACGUUGGUGACCUUGGCACUAGUGUUUUCACUCCUAUGCUGGUCAUGCAGGACGAGAUGCAGUCAGACCGAAAUAUAAUCAGGUUCUCGCAGACUGACCUGAUCUUGCCAGCACGAGAGAGCUACUUUACAGAGAGAAACUCCACUGAGAUGAUGCUUUACGAAAGCGUGUAUGCCCAGGUCCUCGAGGCGCUGGGUGCAAACGCUACCACAGCCGCCAAAGAUGCCAAAGACGUGGUGGACUUUGAGAUUGAGCUGGCAUAUGCAAUUGAAUCGCCAGAGAAACGGCUCGACAAGGCCAAGCUGUACCACAGAAUGACUAUAGCUGACUUGACUACCAUGUUUCCACAGUUUGCUUGGCUUCGCUACAUACAGAGUCAGUUCAAAAAAUUAGGUGUGGACUAUAAUAUUACAAAGGAUGAGAUGGUCGCCAACGACGCCUUAACUUACUAUACAAACCUUUUCACAUUGGUUAAUCAAACAUCUAAAAGGACGCUGUUGAACUAUGGCAUGUGGCGUCAGCUGUGUGAUUUCUUAGGUUACCUCGGCCCAAAAUUUACCAAGAUUGUGAAGGAAGCCAUAGGAGAGCCUGACGAGGUGUGUGUAGUCCACACUCAAACAAUCUUUCAGUAUGCUGUGGGCAGACUCUACGUGGACAGCAAAUUCUCAUCACAAGAUAAGCUAAGGAUGACACGCAUGAUUGAAAGUCUAAUGAAGACAUUCAAGGAGAUGCUACAAGAAAACACCUGGAUGACACAAGCUACGAGAGAUGAGGCUCUGAAAAAGUUGAGCUACUUUACUGUCAAGGUCGGCUAUCCGGAUUUUAUCCUUAAUGACACGGCCCUUAAUGAGAAAACUAGCAUGUACAAUGUAGUUGAAAGCCAUUUCUUUGGAACCUAUCUGGAUAUUGCCAAGAAAUCUUACCUCUUGAUGCUUAAGAGUCUACGAGAACCAGUUGACAAAACUGCGUGGGGCAUGGCUGCAUUUGAAGUGAACGCUUACUACAGAGCCCUCAAUAACGAAAUCGUAUUUCCAGCGGGAAUCUCUAAUCCACCGUUCUACAGCAGUGGGAUUUCAGAUGCCCUGCUGUAUGGUGGUAUUGGGACGAUAAUUGGACAUGAGAUCACUCAUGGGUUCGAUAGUCAAGGUAGUGCGUAUGAUGAGAAAGGCAACCUACGGCAAUGGUGGCAAGACGUGGAUCUGAACGUCUUCAAAAGCCGGACUCAGUGCCUAGUGGAUCAGUACAGUCAGUUUGCAUACAGUUCUCUGAACAUGACUGUGAAUGGAAAGCUUACUUUAGGAGAAAACAUCGCCGACUGCGGCGGAAUACGACAAGCAUUUAGGGCAUAUCGCAGUGUUAUCAAGGAGAGAGGACGAGAAGAGGACAAGUACCCGACACUGCCGUACACACAGGACCAACUCUUCUUCAUCGGCUUUGCGCAGUCCUGGUGUAGCUUGGUUAGACCAUUCGCUCUGACAACUUCGCUGCUGUCGGACGAGCACUCCCCAAAUGACUACAGGGUGAUGGGAGCAAUUCUGAAUAGCGAUGACUUUGGGCGAGUCUUCAACUGUUCUGUAGGAAAACCCAUGAAUCCCCAGCAUAAAUGUCAGGUCUGGUAGAAAGGACACUGUUCACGUCCGGGAAACUACAAAAUACUGGAAACCUAACCCAAAGACUCUUCGUUGCAAGUUGUGCUACGCAUUUUUAUAGUUCAUCUCACUACUUUCAUGUACCCAAUAUUACCAAAAAAACUACCCAUGUCAUCUUUAUGUGCACAAAAUUACAAAAGUCUGAAAUCAGCUACUUCAAAUAUUAGUUUUAUAAACUAUCUUUUAGUCUCAAAAUCGUGACAUCGACUCAAUAGUUAUCCUCCAUACAGUGAAAUAGGGACUGAUAUUUUUGCCUGUAUUCUUCAAGUGUUGCUCCUGUCCAAACAUUUACAGGAGUUGAUAGCUAUACCACGUGGCUAUGGUAACUACAAAUAUCAAGGGAUAGAUUCUUUCUUAAAACGUAUUUAAGGCACUAACACUCAUCAGCAAUACACAGAUGAGUUUAGAAAGGCUCAACGUAGCCUGCUUAAUUUUUUUCAUUGAGUUUAAUUUGUUUUUGUUAUUGUUUUAAUUCGUAGCAGCUCAUUUAAUCUUCAGUUUUCCAUCUACAACACGAUGAAACUACUCAAUCAAGAAAUAUUUUAAUCCAAAUUCAAAUCAAACUAACCUGGAGGAUAGUUUAAGACAGUCGCAUUCACAAUUAUGGAAAAUGAAUGUGCAUUUGUACGACUCUUCCUCUCUGUUUCUGUCUGUUCCUCCUUGUGUUCGGUAUGUUUGUGCAUGUAUUAUAUUUGUGCAUGAGCUGGUAUGAGCGCGUUUGCUGAUUACGAGUGUUGGAAUUCAUAAAGGAACAAUAAAGUUAUAACAAUAA